AUGUCGAGUGAAGAUGAUCGAGUUAUAGAAGUUCCUGAUAAUGAUCAAUUUGUUCGAAUUCUAGAAAAAAAUGUGGAUAAAGUUGUUAUUCUGGAUUUUUAUGCAACUUGGUGUGGACCAUGUAAAGCUAUUGCGCCAAUGUAUAAGGUUAGUUAAAAAUGUUUUGAAAAAUCUAAAUUAAUUUUUAUUCAGAAACUUUCAAUCGAAUAUCCAAAUAUUGUAUUCCUAAAAAUUGACGUUGAUGAAUGCGAAGAUAUUUGCACAAAAUACGAUGUCAAAUUAAUGCCAACUUUUGUCUUUUUGAAAAAUGGAGAGCAAAUUGAUCUUCUCGAAGGCGGUGUUGAUAUAGAACUUCAGGAAAAAGUUAAAAAACACGCAUGA